UGUGGUGUGUGUGUGUGUGUGUGUGUGUGUGUGUGUGUGUGUGUGUGUGUGUGUGUGUAUGUGUUGAUUGGAAUGAGAUAUCCACCACAGCCUGGGGCUUUUGAAUACUUGUUUCCUAGUACUGUUUGGGUUUGUUUGGAUGGUGUGGCACUGCUGGAGGAAAUAUGUCACUGUGGGUGCGCUUUGAGGUUUCCAAAGCCUCCUGCCAUUUGAAGUUUGCUUUAUCUCUUUGCUGCCUGGAAGUCAAGAUGGAUUUUUUUUUUUUUUUGAUGAUGCCACCUGAAUUCCUGCAGGUCCACAGUCCUCCAUAUUUUCUGCCAAGUGACCUAGAACACUUAUUUACCUCUGGAGAAACAACGUGCCUGCCUUCCAGAUUCUGGCAGGUGUAAAGGUGUCCUCAGACCUGGCCCCUUCCUGAUCUUAUGAAGGCAGAACAGAACCUGCCAUCUCUUGUUUUGCCUUGUCCCAGACCCUCUGUGGUCAAAGCCCCUGCACCAAGGCCCCCUGCACCCUGGAACGGCAGCAUCACCUUCUGUAGUGUGUGUGCAUGCUUUCUUUCAUGUGUGCAGCUGCAGGGGGUGGGGUAGGGAACUAGGUGACAGAGAUGGAAGUGAACAGUCAGCCUCCUGGGUGGAUUAGUACUUCCUGAUUUCCACAGAGAACUGGCUAGUAGGAAAGAACGUUUUUGUUUUUUUUUUCCCCCAUGACAUGGUGGUUGCCAUGACAACGGGGACAAGCCAUUCUUUCCUGGUUACAGAUUCAUUUGCGAAGGAUACUCACAGAAUGGAGAGGUGGAAUCACUAGACAGACACGCAAAGCGCAUAGGGAGGGAAGCCACCUGGAAGCUCCCAUCUGGAGAAAAUGUGACUAGACAUCGCACACAGGGAUUGCGUGUGCAAGUUCUUGAUAGAAGGCCUUCGGGCACGGAGCCAAAGCGUGUGUUGAGACAGAGAUUUCAGGAUCCUAUCUCGCACACUUCUCUGUGCACCUCUGGGGAAGAUAGUCUUCUUUCAUCGGAAAGGAUACGCCCACAUCACUCUGAGCAAGGACAUCAGUUCAAGCUUGUCUACCAGAUUCUGGAGGGAGGAUAGCACCGCAGGCAGGGGAGCCAAGCCGGAGACGACCAGCAGUCACAGUGCCCACCACAAUCAAGGGAGCCAGUCACCCUGUCCUGAUCAGCACAGCACCAUGGACUCUGCAGAGUAUGUGCUCUGUGGCUGGAAGGGCCAGCUGUGGCCUGCAAGGGUGUUGUCCAGACCCGGGACUUCAGCCCAUAGUAAGAGGAGAGGGGCAUCUUUCCUGGAGGUCCAAAUCCUGCCUGUGGGUGAGAAGACGAGAGUAAGGAGCACAGAGGCGAGGCCCCUAACCAAGUCUGAAACCGUAACCAUCGCCUCCUUGGCAGGAAAGGAGUCACAGGGCCAAAGCUCGCCAAGGCAGACCAGGGCAUACAGAAAAGCCCUCAAGGUGGCAUUGGAUGUUCUGGGAGAGGGAACCUGUUUGUAUCAAGGAGGAAGGGCAGGUGGCAGAAGAACCAGCACAGCGGCGCCAAAGGUUCCGAAAGAGCAGGCCAGCUCCAGCCCACGCCAGCGCCUGCACCUCCAAGGGCGCAACCAGAAAGGCCAAGGGCUCUCCCACAGGAGUCCUGGGAAGCGGGGCCGCCCGAGAUCUGUGUUGAUGGGCUCACCGAAUAUGCCUGCAGUGCAAGGGGGGAAAGCCCGGGCGCACAGUGCUGUUGGGCACGCUCACUUUGAAAUGCAAGGAAACAUGCUAAGACGCACCAGAGUGUGGCCAGCCUCCUGCAAGACACCAGCAGGAAAUGCUGGUGAUAAUCCCAGCAAGAGAAAGCUGAGCACAUCCAAGCUCAGGUCUUUGAGCGCCCCGGCCUCCAGGGAGGGUGCCCGGGAUAGAAAUGAGCAGCAGGCUGCCUCUGGGCCACCGAGGCAGGUCUCUACCUUGCCCAGAGCUCUCAAACAACAAGUACGGUGCGGCAGCCUAGAGAUCCGGGCUAUUGGAGCCCAAAGGAAGACCACCCUCCCAGAGAACGAGGAGGACCCCGCGGGGACCCCGAAACCAGACUCAAGGGGAGCAUCGGCAGCCUGCAUGCCUCCAAUCCCGAGGCUACGAAGAUCUCUCCGCAUUGCUACCCGGAAAAGGAAGAUCCAUGUGCUGUGUGCACAAUGCGGGCUCCCAGAAUUGGAAACUAAGGUGCACUCAAAAGCAACUAACACCGGGGUCAAGAGGAGAGCGGCUGGAGUUCAAGAAGACCGCCAAGCCACCAACGUGGCUUCUGCUCAAGAGCCGAGUACCAUCGAACGAGGCAUGCUGGUCUGGUUCAAAUUCCAGGACCUUCCUUUCUGGCCGGCGGUGGUCAAGAGUGUCAGCAAAAACGACAAGAUGGCGAGGGUGCUGUUGAUCGAGGGCAACAUGCAGUUUGAGCACAGGGGUGUCAGAGUCCCUCUCCGCAAGCUGAAGCACCUGGACUGUGGAGCAAAAUUAUCGCUCCUGCGGAGAGCCAGCAGAGUGUACAGCCAGGGCAUCAACUGGUGCCUCUCAGUGAUCGACCACUACAAAGAAGACCUUGCCUGUGGCUCCUUCCUGGGCUCCUUUAUGGACUACUACACCUCCCAAGCCAGUUAUCCGCUAAGGAGAGCCAUCCAAGAGGGCGACCUGCACAUUGAUUUCCCCAAGGUGAGCUAUGCCGACUUGGAAGAUUGGGAGGAGGAGACAGCCCUGGGUGCGAAGGGGCCCCGCAAGAAACUCUUGCCUGACCGCAUGAGGGCCGCUUGGGACAGAGCCAACCAGAAGCUAGUAGACUUCAUCGUGAAGAGAAAGGGGGCCGACCAGCACCUGCUGGACAUUGUGAAGGGCAGGAAACCGUCCAGGUGGCUGGACGACCUUUGGAAAUCAAAGAGGGAAGUCUUCUGCAUUGAGACCUACCUGGAGGAUGAGGACCAGUUGCAUCUCGUGGCCAGACACUUGCAAGAAAUAUCCAAGGAAGCGGAUGAGGCCCUGCUCUCUCUGGCAAGAGGAGACAGAGUCCGGUUUACCAUGGAGGUUCUUCUUCCAGAAGCAAUCAUCUGCUCCAUCGCUGCCCUGGAUGAGCUUAGCUACAAGGAGGCAGAAGAGAAGUACCUGCGUGGCCCACCCGUGCACUACCGUGAAAAAGAGCUCUUUGACAAGACCAUCCUAAAGGCUGCCCGGAUGAGGUCAGCAUCCAGGAUUCGGGCUGCCAGGAACCCCUCUGCACCCACUCCUUAGAAGGGAGCUUCCUCCUUUCAGCCAUCACCCCCGCAGCUCCACCUCCAAAAGAGGACCAUCUGGGAGACUCUGGGCUUUGCUAUGGCCACUGUGAAAGCUCCUCACUGCACACACGUUUCUCCCCUC